GUGCUUUAAAGUAAUUAUCGUAUUUGAAGUGUAUUUUUUGACAUUUGAAUAUUUCUCUCAUGAUGGUUUUACGUGUAAAGUGAAGGGUUGUUCUUUUAUAUUUCGAUUGACCUUUUUUGUGCUCUUUUCGAAGUUGUGUGUGAAACUUGUUUCUUUUUCCCUGUAAACAUGUGCUUACAAUGUGACGCUGCGUUACAUUUUUGAAUUCUUAUUCUUUUUUAAUUGACAUUGUCUCAAAGACGGACCUAAAUUGUAUCGACUUUGCAUCUCAUAUUUGAUUCAUAUAAAUUAUGCAGUCUUUGAUGCAGGUGUGAAGGUUUUUUCUUCUUAAGUGAAUAGUAUUAAUUUUGACUGUACUUUAUCGUACCCAAAUUAUAUUUUGUUUUGUCGGUACAUCAAGGUCUUUAACAUGAAUCAAGAAAGCACAACACAAACUGUCGUGAACAAUUCUAUUUCUCUGUGUGUGCCUAGUGCGAGUACUGCUUCGGGCGAACAAGAUAGUAUGAGUGAGCAUCAAAUAUGUACUGAGUGUAGAAAUCGAGUUGUGGAAAAGUGCACACAUUGUGCAGUUUGUAAUGCUCCAUACCAUAACAGUUGUGCGCAAAAAACACCCAAAACCUUAGAGGGUGGCUAUAAAAAGUGUUGUGCUCCCCCGUCACCCACCUCAGUUUUCCCUUCCCUUAAUGACAUAAAGGAGGCUUUCAAGGAACAAAUUAACAUUCUUCAGACAUCUAUGAGUGGUGAAUUUGCAGAAGUCAAAAAAUAUAUUACUAAUUUAUCUACCCACAUUGACAAGAACAGCUCACGCAUCACAGAGUGUGAAUCUCUGAUCACUGAUAUCGGUCAACGGGUUGAGGAACUCGAGGUCAAGGCUGCCGAGGUAAACAAAGGUACAGUCUGUUCCACGUCCACUGAAAGUAAUCUUUUAAUGUGCACAGGAUGCGAACCUCUUUCUCACUUGUUUCUUGACACUCAAAUCAGACAAUCAGUCAAUACCAGUACUCACAUCUGUGACAGUUGCUCCAGAUCGAACAAAGAUACAACAAUUAGAAUACCGUCAGGCCAAGAAGGAAUUGUCCGACCGUUUGGAGAGAGGGGAGAAGGAUCUCAAGAUUCGCUAUCGUCGAGGAUCACCGAUUGUAGUGAACACACGCAAGCCAACAACGAGAGUCAACAAACCAUAGUGCUACGAGGGAAUUUCUUCAAUGUUAAUAUCCUUUAUCAAAAUACACGCGGCAUAAACUCCAAACUAUCUUCAAUAAAAUGUUUUCCUGAUAUAGCACUGUAUGAUAUUAUAUGUAUCACCGAAUCGUGGUUGAAACCUGACACCCCUUCUAAUGAAAUUUUUGACUCUAAAAUAUUCAAAGUCUUUAGACAUGACAGACUUGAAAAAAGGGAGGUGGUGUUCUUGUUGCAGUACACUCCUCAUAUAAGAUUUUAGUUAUAGACAUGUGUCCAUAUGAUUUAUAUAAUUACAACAUAAAUAUAAUUGCUCUUAACAUAUCUUGAUAUACCAUAACCUUUACAUUACUACUAAUUUAUAUCCCUCCUAAUACACCAGCUGAUUCUUAUCGUGAUUUUUUUUCUACUUUAAUGAACGUUCAGGCUUUGUAUGAUAAUCCACUUAUUGUCAUAGGAGAUUUUAAUUCACCAAAGUUUGUAGAAAAUAAUGUCAAUAAUGAUUUUAGAACCCGGAUUAUUAAAAAUUUUGCUCUUGCUUUCGAUUUAAUGCAGAUCAAUAAUGUUAUGAAUGGGGACGGGAAAUGCCUGGAUUUGGCCUUUGCGAAUUUUAAAUGUAUACUUGAACGUGCACCUUAUCCACUGGUUCCUGAAGACUCAUAUCAUCCUACCUUAUCAAUUUCCACCCUUUUACAAUUGUCACACAAAUUCCAACCUUUCAAUUUUAUAAGAAAUACAAAUGAUCAGACUGUUCAAUUUAAUUUUCGCAAAGCUCUUUUAACUGACUUAUAUGUGCACCUUUCGUCGAUUGAUUGGACUAUAUUAUAUAAUUGUACUAAUGUCAACGAAGCAUAUGAUACUUUUAUUACAAUUUUAUUGGAAUGUUUUCAACUUUUCGUACCUGUUUACAGUUUUUCACAAAAUAAAAUCCGAAAAUAUCCACCUUGGUUUAGUAA